AUGGGUUGGCUACAUAACGGUAUCAUUGCAUUAACGGCGUUUUCAUCUAUACCACACACACUUGCCAGGCCGAGUUUGACAUUGUCAAAGGCAUAUCAGCGCCAGGAGCCCUGUGAAAAGGUGUCUCUUGCCCAAAAGGAGCAGUUGAAGCGGAAUCCAGACGCUCGCACAUUCAUCGUUACUGCUGAGCUUGCUUACUCCUGUCUAACAUCUGUCCCGUUCAAAAAGGAAGACGCUGUCAAACUUAUUGACGGUCUUGAUUCCUUUUUCUCAUGGCAGAGCACGAUCGAUUAUCUCCCAGACCCGCCAAAGGGAUAUCUACUGCCUGGAGUUGACCUUGAAGGCGGGUUAAGGGAGAUAAGAGAUAAAGCAACAGGUAACAAGUAUGCCAACGAGUAUGAGUUCCAGAGUGAUUUGACCAGGCUGGCCGCGUCUGCGCACGAUGGACAUUUCGAUCUCAGCCUCGACGCUAUCAGCACGUUUACCUUCCUAAGAGACGAGAUCGGAUCUCUCGUCUCCGUCUCCCCGGAUGGGAAAAAACACCCAGAGAUAUACAUUUUCAGCGACUUGAAUACAACUGCAACAGAAAAAGUAAAGUGGAAAGCAUCUGCGAUCAAGUCCAUCGACGGCCAGGAUGCCGUCCAGUGGCUGCAGGCCUGGUCAUACCACGACGGUUACCAAGAUCCAGAUGCAUUGUACAACUCCCUCUUCCACUCCAUUCCAAGGUACGAGCAGGGCUCGUCUGGUGCCUUCUUUGGCAUUGGGGGUGCAUACACCGGCCCAAACACGACGAUUACCUUUGAAAACGGCACCACGAGGGAGUUCACAAAUUACGCUACUUUCCAGCAGUCGUUCACCGGCGUAGUGAGCGGCGAUACUUUUUACGAUACGUUUUGCAAUGGGAAGCUUGAGCAGCAGCAGGAGAAGAAGAAACGUGAUGUGAUCAUGGCCGUGGGCCGGAAGGAAGUCCAUCGCCACAAACGAGGCGUAUCUGGUGAGGCUGUGAGAGCACUCUUCCCAAAGGCCGUGGAGGAGUUUAAAUUAGGUGAUGUAGCUGGGUAUUUCCUUGAUGGCGACCGAAAAGACACUGCCGUUCUGUCUAUAAACUCCUUUUCCGGGUCAGACAAGUCCGGUGACCUGCACUUCCAGGAGUUCAGUUCUGUUAUCACCAGGUUUCUGGCUGCCUGCAAGAAAGAGGGCAAGUCGAAGCUCAUCAUCGAUGUGACUGCCAACGGAGGCGGUGCCGUCUUUCUGGGAUAUGAUGUCUUCAAACAGUUGUUUCCCAACACAGAGCCCAAUGAUGCAUCUAACCUGCGGGCUACCGAGCAGCUUAACUUCAUUGGCAGCAAAGUGACUGCGCUGCUGGCCGAUCCCAAGCAGCGCAACAGCACCAUGGGCCUGUCUAUGCGAGGAUCCGAUUUCGACAUUGGCGUGUAUAUCGACACCAAGGGAGAUGUCUUGACGGGCUGGAACGACUUCUUCGGCCCAGAGCAAGUCGGUGGCUUCAACUUCACGCAGCUGGCGACCUGGAACCUGAAGAGUGAGGACCUGGCUUUCGCAUCGGGAGACACAGUGGUGGCCGGCUACCUGAACCGAAUCAACCUACCGCCUCCCGUCUUCAAGCCAGAGGAGAUGAUCCUGCUGACCGACGGUACCUGCAGCUCAACCUGUGCGAUAUUCGCGGACCUGCUGAAGCGCAACGGUGUGAAAUCGGUAGUGACAGGCGGGCGGCCGCGCGACGGGCCCGUCCAGGCAGUCGGCGGCGUCAAGGGCUCACAGGUAUUGACCUACCUGCAGAUGUACCAGGUCGCCUCGUUGGUGUAUACUGGGUAUUCCACGGUCCAGGAACGAGAGCGCCUAGCAAAGACGUCUAUCGGCGAGAUGUACCGCACCGGCGAGUACGUGCUGGCUCGCACCAGGGGGGCCGGUUCAGGCGGCCGAGUCAACUUCCGCAACGCUGUCCGGCCAGACGACCGUUCGAGGACACCGCGGCAGUUUGUCAACGAGCCAGCGGACUGCAGGCUCUGGAUGACACAGGCAAUGCUGUUCGAUAUGAACAAGCUCUGGCGCGCGGUGUAUGAUGUUGCCUGGGGAGACAGCAGCUGUACUCCGGGAUCGACCUCCUGA